CAAAAAGCAUACUUCCUUCUUGCAUAAGAAUUAGGAAAAUAUGAAAAAUGUAUACUCUAAUGGUGUACACAAAAAUGGUUCCUAAAAGAGUUAUUCCUGCGAAUGACAUUCAGCACACUUCGCGAUGUUAAUCAUUCAUACGCUGGUUUGCAACGUCACCGUAGAAUUGUUUACAUAAUUUAAAUCAUCAUAAUAAAAUACUGUCUGGGGCAGUUGUGACUAGAGUUCGUACCAAUAUUGUCCAGCAUAUAACACAUCAGCAUUACACAACAUCACCAUGCGCUACCAAUACAAUAAAUCGAAAUUGUUCAUACAUGGCAGACCGUUUUCGAAAGCUCUUCAUAAAGGAUUCGAUGAGAUCCCGGGUCCGAAAUCGUUGCCCCUCAUAGGCACUUUGUACAGUUACUUGCCCGUAUUGGGCAAGUAUAGAUUCGAUCGGUUACACCGCAAUGGACUGGCCAAGUAUCGUCAAUACGGUCCUGUGGUCCGAGAAGACAUAGUGCCCGGCGUUUCUCUAUUGUGGAUAUUCAAACCGGAAGACAUAGAAACGCUUUACAGGAAAGAAGGAAGGUACCCGGAGAGACGGAGUCACUUAGCCCUGCAGCGGUACAGAUUGGACAAACCCGAUGUAUACAACACUGGAGGUUUGCUACCGACCAACGGUUCUGACUGGUGGAGGAUCAGAAAAGCGUUUCAGAAACACAUAAGUAAAGUUCAAUGUGUCAAGCGGUACAUUGACAGCUCGGACAUGGUCGUCCAACAGUUUAUAGACAAGAGAAUAAGAAGACAAACUAUAAGCGAAGAUUUUACUGCCGAACUGUCCAGACUCUUUCUUGAAUUGACUUACUUCAUUGCAUUUGACGAAAGACUUCAACGUUUCGAAGACGAAGAAUGGGAAUCCGAUUCGGAUAGUUCAAACCUGAUAGAGGCAGCUCAAAAAAUAAACAACGCGAUCCUCAAAACCGAUAACGGGCCACAGCUCUGGAAAAAAUUCGACACCCCUAUGUACAAGAAUAUAAAAAAAGGACACGAACACAUCGAGAAAAUCGCUUUACGAGUAGUGGCCGAGAAAUUAUCAAAGUCUCAUCGAGCCCAGAUCAACCCUGGCACUUCUCUACUCGACGAGUACCUCCGUUCUAACGACACCGACGUCAAAGACGUUGUAGGGAUGACGGUGGACACGCUGUUGGCGGGAAUCGAUACGGCCACGUACUCGUGUUCCUUUGCGCUCUAUCAUUUGUCGACGAAUCCCAAAGCGCAACAAGAUAUGUACUCGGAAGCACUUACCCUAUUGCCGGACCGAAGCAGCGAGAUCACCGAAGACGUACUGGAUCGAGCCGUGUACGCCAAAGCAGUGAUCAAAGAAAUGUUCCGAAUGAAUCCAAUUUCGGUGGGCAUCGGCAGGAUACUGCCCGAGGAGUGUGUAUUUUCAGGAUACAGGGUACCGAAGGGGACGGUGGUGGUGACGCAGAAUCAGGUAACCUGUAGGAUGGAAGAAUAUUUUCAAAAUCCCCAAAGUUUCCUGCCUGAGAGAUGGCUGAAAGACAGACCAGAAUACAAACCCGUAAGCCCGUAUCUUGUUUUACCCUUUGGCCACGGUCCCAGGACAUGCAUAGCCAGACGUCUUUCGGAGCAGUUUCUUCAAAUAGUCCUUUUAAAAAUUAUAAGAAAUUUCCAGUUGACAUGGCGAGGAUCUGUUCUAGACAGCAAAUCUUUGUUGAUCAACAAACCGGACGGACCAAUCUGCAUUGACUUUAAAGCGAGACAUUAAAAAGUCACAAAUAAGAAUUUUUUUUUGUGUAUUUAAAACGAAAAAUAUUUUUCGUGACAUAUGCUUUACCGAAUUAUAACUGUUUGACAAUUCAUGUGAUACCUAAGUAUAAUUAUUGAUUUUGAUAAAUGCCGAAUUGCAUUAAUGUUAAUGACUUUAUAUUCCAACCUGAAAUCUAGACAGCAUCUACCUUACAAUUAACAAUUUUUUUUAAAGAAUAUUUACAAUUUAUCAACAAUUUGUGAAGUAAUUGCGCAGUUUUGUAUCUAUGUCCAAAUUAUAAAAUAAACUAUCGAUAAAGCAAAUUAAGUGAAUAGUAAAAAUAGCCAAUAAAUACGAAUUGUUUGAUUUGUUGUAUUUAAUAGCAGUAACGUUAUUCAAUUAAGAUUGCUACGGAAAAAAUAUUUAAGAUACGCAGUUUUAAAAAUGUAAAUAU